AUGCCAACACUCCCAUUGCCGCGCCGCCGCCAUCAUCUCCGACGGUCCCUGCAUCCAACAUUGAGCCAUGCCGGAAUCUCCAUGAAUCUGGUCGCCGACUGUACCAUUGCCGCCGGAAUCACCACGAGAUUUGUUGUUCGAAGCCACUAUCUAGCGGUGGUCUCUUCGUCGUGUUCUCGGAGCCUCAUGGUCGCAGGGGCGGGGCGGAAAGCUGUGAACGAUGAUGAUGUGUCGGAGAUGGUGUCGCUGGAAUCGGGGUCGGACGCUGUGAAGAUGAGCAGAUUCACGAUGGUUGACGGCAAUAGUGAUGGAGUCGAGAGCCGCUGUCAAGGCGGCGGCGUGCGGCGGUGA